AUGUUUGGCUCUCAGCUUGCGUCCCUGGGACACCUCUGCAUUGGCUUCGUAGACGGCGCCAAACAUAUGUUCAACGAGAUUUUUGACCAUCCACUCCAUACCCUCAGCGAGCUCGCCGAUGGAAUUCCGGUCGUCGGUCACAUCAAGGGUGUCGUUCACCUCGCCAUGGGAGACACCGAGGCUGCCAUACAUUCCGAAGAGUCAGCCUCCCGCACUCUUGUUGUCUUGGGCGCUGCGGCUCUUACUGGUGCAACUGGGGGCGCUGCUGCUCCGGUCUUGGCCGGUGUCGUUGGCGGCAUCCUUGCCGACGGUAUCUUAACUGGGAUCGAGAGCUCACGCACGGGUCACUAUGAUCCUCAAGGCAUAAUUGACAUAUCCACGAAUGUUGUCAGAGAUGUUCAGAAAGGAAACACAGAGGGCCUUGGCAGCGACAUAUUCGAUGGCGUGGUUUUGGCCGCUGGUGACGGCAUGGUCGGGGCAAGCUCGAUGAAAGGAACGGUCAAACCCGGGAAGACAACAAGGAUAUUUCGAGUGGAGGGCAGGUCGCUCGUCAGGAACGGCGAUGGCUCCGAAUUGGCGCACUUCCGAGCCGGUGAUAACCAGCGUGUCUUUCAUUACAAGGGUGCUAUUGCCCCUCGCGAAAGACUUCCCCAGUUGUCGGAUCCGGAGUCGCUCCGCACUGGCCACUUGCCCGCGGAGCCUACUAUCCCCCCUGAAGAUCUUGAUGCUCACGGACGCCGUGGCGGUCGCCGUGGCGGCAUAGACCCAUCGAGGGAAGACAUGUUCCUAAAGGCAUAUGCGAAGGACUUCUUUGACGACCAUGGCAAGAUGAUCUUCCUCAACUUCGGCGAGGAGGAUCGUAUGUACGGGUAUUACGCUCAGAAGCUCAUUGAUCACCGCGAGCUGGUGAGCAAAUAUAGGGCCCUGUUCGAGAAAGAGAAGAAUCGUUCCAGCACCGUGACAGAAAGAACCCACCAGAUCCGGGUGAAGUCGUUUGAGGUUCUUACUCGCGACCUCGAUGCUAUCGAACAGGAUGCCGUUACCGAGAAUCAGAGAAGAACUAGUAGCUAUCGUGGUGUGCUCAAGGUCGACACAAAGUCUCCCCGGCAGUACGGACUAGAGAGCAGCCGCUACACGCCCAUCUUCAACAAAGUAGUCGCGGGCUCCUUCGAGGUGAACCGGCUUUGGAUUCGACACCUCCCAACCUCGGUGCUAAGGAUCAUCACUGAACACCCGGUGGCGUUUGGCAGGGUGCGCAGAUUCAAGUACCUGAGUGUCGGCGGUGGUAUUGCGACCCAUAGUAUUGUGCCCAUCAAAGACCUCCAUGGCAUUUCAGCCAGUCAGCCCGUGGGUUACGACGAUGUCGUACCGCAGGCUCUUGUGCACUGCCGCCACGUCAAGACCAUCCAACCAGCCACCUCGGAAGAUCCCGCCGAGUCCUUCGAGCAUUACGAAUACCUUGUCAAGUUUAACGAAAACUCACCGGCAGAGUGGUAUCCCGAGGACCUCGUGGCUCCCGACCUGCGAAAGGACUUUUACAAUCACGCCAUGGCGUCCGCAAAGCCCGUGAGCUCGGUCAAGAGCAGUCCGAACGGGAACGGCAAGCUCCUCGUCGAACGACCAAACGGGUCUUGGGAUGAAAUCGACCCGCAUCAAAUCUUCUGGCGUGAGCAAGAGAGCGGCGCCGACAGUCUCGGUCUGCGCGAGCUGGACUCCAUUAUGUACCAUCUAUACCGCGAGGACGCCAAUCACGGCACGCGCGUCCGCCUUCAUACAAACAGCUUGAUUCCGAACGAAGACGUUGUGCACGCAGCUCCCUGCGCGGAGAAGGACCACAAGCCCGUCUACCUUGCCUCGGCACUUAAUUUCAAGGGCGGCGUCCACCCAUGCAAGGUGGUACCCAGCCUGGGGCCGUCGGCGCCGUGCAGGGUCCCUUAUGGGGGCCAAGAGAUAUACCAUCACGGAGAAUAUGACCUCCUGCCGUUCGUGCCCGAGCUGAUGGAAUUCGUGGAUGCAAACAUGGGUAGCCCGCCGCCCUCCCGCCGCCCCAUCCUUGGCGGGUACGAAGGCAGCAAGAAGCUGUACCAUGCGAUUGGCCAAAUCGAGGGGGUCUGGGUUCCCGGGAAGGCAGGCCCGCAGUUUGGCGGGGCUAUGAUACCCUAUGGCGACAAGGAGAACUGGACCAGUACCUGCAAGAUUCUGUAAGUCAACAUCCGGCCGGGAAAGUUAAACAUCCGUAACUACUAGUAAGAGGCUGACGUUCGUGAAAACAGCUGUUGGAAGUAGACUGCCUACAUGUAAUAUGUCCCUCUUCGCAGCGGCUCUCUCCGUUAGCUUUUCGCGCACAUAAUACCAAGCAUCAGCUCUAGUUUCUCGAGGUUACCUACCUCCUACGUAGGAGGUAGCUUGAUGUUAUGGACUAACAAUUACGCAAACCAGUCCCGGGUAGUAGUGUCCCAACCCGGCUCGGCCGCU